GUUUGGCAUCUGCCUGAGGUGCACAUCGCUGUUGUCCCACAUCUACGGCCCGUUCCUGUGAAGACUUCAGACACCGGGCUCCACGUCCCAGACAUGGCCGGCAGCGAUCGUAAGCUGGUGGCGGCGGUGCUCGUAGUGUGCUGUGCCGUGCUGGUCCCAGCCCGUGCCGCAACGAGCCUCGCCAAGCGGGAGGCUCCCCUGCCACCGACCGGUAGCUACCUGCCACCAUCGGGAGGUGGUGGAGGCGGUGGUGGUUAUCCGGCCGCCCAGACUCCUUCCUCCAGCUACGGUGCUCCCGGUGGCGGAUCCGGUGGCGGCUGGAACAACGGCAACGGUAACGGAAACGGCGGUCGGGGCUACUCCAACGGGGGCUCCAACGGAGGUCACUCGUCCGGUCCGUCGCAAUCGUACGGAGCUCCGCCUUCGGGGCCUUCGCAGUCGUACGGAGCGCCUGCUCCUCCCUCGCAGUCCUACGGCGCACCAAGCCAGGCUCCCUCGCAGUCCUACGGAGCACCCAGCUUCGGAGGCAAUGGUGGCAGCCAUGGAUUCGGAGGACAGGGUGGUAACGGCUACUCGGGCGGUCGCCCUUCAAGCCAGUACGGACCACCGCAGCAACAGCAGCAGCAGCCUCAGCAGCAGUCGUUCCGUCCACCGUCCACCAGCUACGGAGUGCCGGCCGCUCCGUCGCAGUCCUACGGAGCGCCAUCUCAACAACAGCACGGCGGAAACGGAAACGGCCAUGGCAACGGCAACGGAUACUCGAGUGGUCGCCCGUCCAGUCAGUACGGAGCUCCCUCGCAGUCGCAGUCGCAAGGCGGCAAUGGAUUCGGGGCCCGGCCUUCGUCCAGCUACGGUGCGCCCAGUCGUCCCUCGUCCCAGUACGGGGCUCCUUCCAAUGGCAACGGACACGGAAAUGGGCACGGAAAUGGCCACGGAAAUGGACAUAGCAACGGUGGAAACGGAAAUGGCAAUGGAUAUUCCCGUGGCCCAGCUCGUCCGCCGUCGUCGCAGUACGGAGCCCCUCAGCAGGGUCCACCUUCCUCUCAGUACGGACCUCCAUCGCAAGGACCGCCUUCCUCGCAGUACGGUCCGCCGUCGCAGGGUCCGCCAUCCUCGCAGUAUGGAGCGCCUCAGCAGGGUCCUCCCUCCUCGCAGUAUGGAGCCCCCCAGCAGGGUCCACCCUCCUCACAGUACGGAGCUCCGGCUCCUUCGCGCCCAUCGUCCCAGUACGGAGCCCCGGCGCAGACUCCGUCGAGCCAGUAUGGAGCCCCGUCGCAGGGUCCGCCAUCCUCGCAGUACGGUGCCCCAGCUCCUCGGCCGCCAUCUUCGCAAUACGGAGCUCCCGCUCAGACUCCUUCCAGCCAGUAUGGUGCACCUUCCCAGUCUCCAUCCAGCCAGUAUGGUGCUCCUGCCCAGACUCCUUCCAGUCAGUACGGCGCUCCUGCACAGACCCCGUCCAGUCAGUAUGGCGCUCCGUCUAGGCCUCCUUCUAGCCAGUAUGGAGCUCCCUCCCAGACUCCCUCGAGUCAAUAUGGAGCUCCCUCCCAGACUCCGUCCAGCCAAUAUGGAGCUCCUUCUCAGACUCCCUCGAGCCAGUACGGAGCUCCCAGCUUCGGUGGUGGCUCCUCGUUCGGCGGCGGCGGCGGCGGCAGCGGCAACGGCUUCAGCGGUGGCAGCUAUCAGGCCGGCUCAAGCGGUAACGGAUUCUCGCAGGCAUCGUUCUCGGCCAGCACCUUCUCCUCAAACGGCCGAUCGUCGCACUCGGCCGGUGGCUACAGUUCCGGUGGUCCGUCACAUUCCAGCGGCGGCGGCGGCGGUGGCGGCGGUGGCUACAGUUCCGGUGGCCCACAGCAGGUCCCAGCCACACUGCCCCAGUCGUACUCCUCGAACGGAGGCUACAACUACUGAGCUCCUCCUCGGGGCGCUGCUCUGCUCUGGAGGUGGCACAUUCACCAUGACCAAUGACGACUCUCGGCCGCCGGGCCACCACCACGGACACCAACCGGAUCUUGAUGUGGAACAACAUGCAGCAAAUACGUGCCUUAUUUAAGCUAAAUGUUAGUGUACCCCGUUUGUGUUCCCCUCGACCGACCUCGAGCGAUCGACAAACGCCCCAACGAACGCCGCAGGAGCGGCACUUAAAUUAUUACAUGUGUUCAACGUUACACCGCCACCGCGUUACUUGUUUUCUAAUUUUACGUAAAGUCCAGACGUAGAACGUGUACCCGACGCCGAGGCCGACCGCUGGCAGCGAGAGUAGAUUUCAAGGUUCGGCCCCCAAGACACCGAGUUCGGGGGGGUCCGAUGGUUUGUCCAAAAUUUUUGUCAAGCAAAAUUGUGGAGCAAGCUUUAACCAGGGCGCUGCGCGAUGCAGAAAGGACACUAAGGCCGCGUGGGCUGUGGCAGA